UUCCGUUUUGAUUCCAUCUUAUUGUUUUCCUCCGCUUUGUUUUCUUCCAACAACUUCACCCUUUUUUACGACAAUGUCUCACAUAAAACAUCAUUUCUAUUAUCAGAUGAUAUUGCCCUCAGAGAAGCAUUUACAUCAGAUGCAACAUAUAUUAUUAUUAUUUUUUUAACAAGUAGAGAAAAAUAUCAUUCAGAUCAGAAUGAACUUUACAUAAAUAUCUGGUGAAUAUUGAUGAAACAUUACUGAAAAGUAUUUCUUCUCAACUGGAAUGUUUAUAAAAUGAUUUUGUGUUCUCAUUAAACUUGGACAGAUUUACAAAAAAAAGAACGUUCACAAUAUCUUGUGACAUUGAUGAAGAUCACAGCUGAUGGGAAAUAUAGCAAUAGAUAAAAAAAAUGAGUAAAAUAUAAAAUUAUUUAUAUAUUUAGAACUUUUUACUCAGUUUUGCUCUAUCAGGUCCUGAUUUUGACACUGUAUAUGACCUGUGCUACAUUCAAAUGAAAUCCCCCAUUCCAAUAUUUAAGAGUCUGCCACCUCAAGAAUUAGUUGAAGAUGGUCCAGAAAUAUUGUAAUGCACUCUGAGGAUUUUGAUCCCAGCAUAUUUGAAAAUCAAAGUGAUACAGAAAAGUUUAACCAGGUCAAAUUCAAUGAUGUUGUCAGGUAUCUAAAUUUGCCAAGAAAAGCUGUGAAAAUUUUGACUUCACGACUUAGAAAAGCUUGCUUACUUCAAACACAAAUUACAUUUUAUAGAAAAAGAGAACUUCUUGAAUAUUUUAGAAUAGAGGAUAGUUUAGUAUAUUGUGGAGGGAGAUGGAAAAUGAGUUUUGUGUGAACAAGGUGAAACUUAAAACACUGUCUGAAAAUAUUGACUGUCCUAUUGACAAAAGGAUUAAGAAAGGGAAAAAGUCGUUUGACUGUGAUGUCUGUGGUAGAUCAUUCUCCCAAAAGGGCAACCUUACUACUCACAGACGUGUUCAUACAAGAGAGAAGCCAUAUCACUGUGAUACCUGUGGUAAAUCAUUCUCUCUGAAUCAUCACUUAACGAUUCACAAACGCAUUCACACAGGAGAGAAACCAUAUUCCUGUGAUAUCUGUGGUAAAUCAUUCUCUCAAAACAGUAACCUCAUUAUUCACAAACACAUUCACACAGGAGAAAAACCAUAUCACUGUGAUAUCUGUAGUAAAUCUUUCUCUCAGAGUGGUUACUUAACUACUCAUAAACUUAUUCAUACAGGUGAGAAACCAUAUCAUUGUGAUAUCUGUGGCAAAUCAUUCUCUCAAGGUGGGUACUUAACUACUCAUAGACUUAUUCAUACAGGAGAAAAAACAUACCAGUGUGAUGUCUGUGAUAAAUCAUUCUCUGGAAGUAAUAGCUUAGCUAUACACAUACGUAUUCAUACAGGAGAGCAACCAUAUCACUGUGAUAUUUGUGGUAAAUCAUUCUCUCAAAAUGAACAUUUAACUAACCACAAGCGUAUUCAUACAGGUGAAAAGCCAUAUCACUGUGAUGUCUGUGGUAAGUCAUUUGCCCGAGGAAAUGUUUUGACUACUCACAAACGUAUUCAUACAGGGGAGAAAACAUACCAUUGUGAUAUAUGUGGGAAGUCGUUUUCUCGAGGAAAUGUUUUAGCUACUCACAAACGUAUACACACAGGAGAGAAGCCAUAUCAUUGUGACAUCUGUGGUAAAUCAUUUUCUCAUAACGAUCGCUUAACUACACACAAACGUAUUCAUACAGGAGAGAAACCAUAUCACUGUGAUAUUUGUGGUAAAUCAUUCUCUCAAGGAAAUACUUUAACUAUACACAAACGUAUUCACACAGGUGAGAAGCCAUAUCACUGUGAUACUUGUGAUAAAUCAUUCUAUGGAAGUAGUACCUUAACUAAACAUAAACGCAUUCAUACAGGAGAGAAGCCAUAUUGCUGUGAUAUUUGUGGUAAAUCAUUCUCUCAAAAAAGUCACUUGACUAAACAUACAGUGCACAGACGUAUUCAUACAGGUGAGAAGCCAUAUCAGUGUGAUGUCUGUGGAAAAUCAUAUUCUGUAAGUAAUCAAUUAACAGCACACAAACGUAUUCAUACAGGUGAAAAGCCAUAUCACUGUGACUUCUGUGGUAGAUCAUUCUCUGAAAGUAGUAACUUAACUAAUCACAAACAUAUUCAUACAGGUGAGAAACCAUAUCACUGUGAUAUCUGUGGUAAAUCAUUCUCUCAAAAUAGUAGCUUUAUAAAGCACAAACGUAUUCAUACAGGUGAAAAGCCAUAUCACUGUGACUUCUGUGGUAGAUCAUUCUCUGAAAGUAGUAACUUAACUAAUCACAAACAUAUUCAUACAGGUGAGAAACCAUAUCACUGUGAUAUCUGUGGUAAAUCAUUCUCUCAAUGGACUCAAUUAACAAGACAUGUAGGUGUUCAUAUACCAUGGUAAUUGUAUUAAUGUGAAAGUUCAGGUUGUCAGUGGUUGUUUCAGUAAAUGAUGAAUUCAUCUUGUAUUUUAUUUGAUAUAACUUUAUUACACUUUAUCGUCAAAUUCAUGUUACUACCCACUUUCAUUUAUUUUUCGUAGCUCAUUUUCUAUUUUAGACAAGGCCAUAAAAGCAAAGUGGCAGUCUUGAUAAAACUAGAACACUGGAGGUAGCAAAGAGCUAUAUUAAGUAACUAGAAAAGCAACUUUGGAAUCAGGUGUAUUUAGCAAGAGUAGAAGCAGAAAGGAAGAGGUUCGCCAGUGUCUUAGAGCAUGUGCAUGGGGGAAAGAGGGUCUUUCCAGUAUGAACCUAACAUGGGGACCAUCUAUCCCAAUAGCAGUAAUAUAAUAGAUCAGUCAAUUGAGGAUAUAAUGAGAAGUAUAGCCCUCAUGCAUCCGGAAUUGCUGAUGGGAUGCUUAAAAAGAGCUGGGGUAGGAUAUAGUUGAGUCACUUUUAUAAUAAAUCAGGUUAUAGAUGAAGAUAUCAUCCACAAUGACUUGUGCAGCAGCAUUACAGUUAUUUGUUACAAUGAUAAAGGAAAUGCCUUAAAAUUACUUGUGGAUGAAUCAAGUUUCUGGAUAAGUUAAGGUAAGUUAUGGAGGGAGAUAUAACCCAGUUAAUUAGAAAUCACUUUGAUUUUUGUGUCUGGGAAAAAUACUCCUGAUGCGAUCUUCUUAGUCAGACAACUGCAAGAAAAUUAAUUAGGUAAGACUAAAGGAUUGUACUUGUCUUUUGUUGACCUGGAGGAAACCUUUAAGAAAUUCUGGUGGUGUGUGAGGAAGCUUAAGGAAGAGAAUUGGCUACUGAAAACUGUACAGGCUAUGUACAGAAGUGCUUUCAAGAGUUCACCAGGAUUCAGUUCUCAGUCCUCUCCUAUUCACCAACGUCUCUCAGGCCAUACAGAGGAAUUGAAGGCCUUCUGCCCAUGGCAAUUACUAUAUAUUGAUUGCAUGACAGAAUCUGUUAUAGAAUUACAAAAGACUUUCCACGUUUGGCAGCAAAAACUGGAAUUGAAGGACCUUAAAGAUAACAUAGCAAUGGUUCUUGUAAGCAAAGAAACAGGAUUCUACUCACUUUAAGUAAAAGGCUUGAUAUGUCAGAAAGUUAUAGACAGGAAUUGCAUACAGUGUACUAGUUGACUUAAUUAGCAGUGGAGGAGAACGUUCUGAAAGUGUAGUUGCUAGAAUAUAAAUAGGCUGGAGAAAGUUCAGAGAACUAUUAACUAGGCUGGAACCAAAUACUUCUCUUUCUAAGUGAAAGGUAAAUUGUGUUGCUUGAGCGUGAAAAUCAGUCCUACAAGGUAGUGACACAUGGGCUCUAAAUGCAGUGGACAUGCGAAUACUAGAAAGGAACGACGCAAAUAAGCUCCAUUGGAUGUGCAGUGUUUGUGUGCAUGUAAGACAAAGUUCUAAUGUAUUGAGACUAUUAGGCAUAAGAGGAAUUAGAUGUAAUGUGCAAAAAAGAAGGCUGUAUUGGUAUGGGUCUUUGAAUGGUAUGAAUGAGGACAGUUCCAUAAAGAAGAGCCAAACACUGAAAGUGAAUGAAACUUGUAGAAGAGAUAGUAAGUGGAAAUCAUGAGAAGUAUUGUACUUUUGAACCAAUUAAGUUGGUUCAAAACUUUCUUGAACUUUCUCAUUGAACCAUAUAUAUAAAGGUGGUUUUUGGCGGUAAUGGCAGAAUAUUGAAUCAGCUGCUCGAUGUCUCCAUUCUCAUGGUAGUCAGACGACACAGAUUUCUCAUUAUGAAUAUAGCACGAUUAUUUUCCAGUUGUACUGGGCCAGCCGUAAUUUCUAUACUUGUUAAACUGACGUAUAUCCUAGUAGUAUGUCUCUCCCGGUGUGUAAUUGUCGCUGUUAUUUUUCAUCAAAAGAUCACGGGGAAAAAUGUCCCGGACCUCUGCUUCACAAACAACAUCGCGCUCAUCUAUAAUAUUAAGGUGACACUGACGAUUUUCUCGGACCAUAACUUAAUAGGACUAACAAUGUAUGGUCGACAGAAGACUAAAGACGUGCAGGCUACUAAAAGCACCCAGCUCCUCUCCAGCCUGAACUUUCACAAAGCUGAUUGGAAGGGUAUCGAGAAAGGGAUCAUGGAAUAUAACUGGUCUGCCAGUCUCUUUACGCAAGAUAUCGACAUAAAUCUACAACACUUUAUGACAAUCAUGCAUGACAUAUGCAGUAAGUUUUCUUUAGAGAGAAUGCCAAGCCAGCAGAAAGAUAUCAUACCCAGAUAUAGGGGGAUUCUAAUGAGAUAAUGAGCAAAAAUCUCAAAUCGUCUAAGUGGGCCACCAAAGGAUAACAAACGAUCCUAUCUCAAACAAAUAUUGCUCGAGAUCGAAAAUAAACUCAAACGCUCCCAAGAAAAGGAAGCCAGAGCUGUCAAAAAUAUUAAGACAAAGGCGCAGGAGUGGCUGUGUGGUAAGUAGCUUGCUUACCAACCACAUGGUUCUGGGUUCAGUCCCACUGCGUGGCACUUUGAGCAAGUGUCUUCAACUAUAGCCUCGGGCCGACCAAAGCCUUGUGAGUGGAUUUGGUAGAGGGAAACUGAAAGAAGCCCAUUGUAUAUAUGUAUAUAUAUAUAUAUGUGUGUUUGUGUGUCUGUGUUUGUCCCCCCCAACAUCGCUUGACAACCGAUGCUGGUGUGGUUACGUCCCCGUAACUUAGCGGUUCGGCAAAAGAGACCGAUAGAAUAAGUACUAGGCUUACAAAGAAUAAGUCCUGGGGUCGAUUUGCUCGACUAAAGGCAGUGCUCCAGCAUGGCCACAGUCAAAUGACUGAAACAAGUAAAAGAGUAAAGAGUAAACCCUGAAGCCUUCUCUAGAUAUGCAAAAAGAAUCUGCUUCAGUACGGUACAAAAUAGGGCAACUAUGCGAAGAAAUUGGCUCACCGACUGCAGACCCCCUAGAGGAUCAGUAAAAUACUGAAUGUGCAAUACAAGAGCGUUUUCACCACUCCACUGGGACACUUUGCAACUAGCGAUGCCUGAUGAGUUCUUUGGCUCCACAGCUCCAUACAACGAAAUGGCAAUCAUUGAUAGUAUCAAAAUAUAGGAAAGUGAUGUUAUAUCAGCCAUUAUCGAAAUGAGCUCAAACUCAACCACGGGUUCUGAUGGAUUCCCAGAAAUCCUCCUAAAGAAAUGCAAAGAGACUCUAGCAAGACCAUUUCAGAUUCUCUUCCAGAGCUUCCACUCAACUGGGAGACUUCCCAAAAAGUUUAAAGGAAGGCAUAAUAUGCCCUGUCCAUAAGGGAGGUAGCAGAGCAGAUGUUGAAAAUUACAGAACUGUCUCUCUAACUUCCCAUGUCAGCGAAGUCAUAGAGUGCAUUGUCAGGAAGAAACUAAUUGCAUUCCUUGAAGAUAAUGACUUGCUUCCUGACACCCAGCAUGGUUCUCGCUCAGGAAGAGCUGCCUUACACAGCUUUUGCAGCACUAUGACGGGGUGUUGAAACAAUUAAUGAAUCACUCAAACGUGGAUGUGAUAUAUCUCAACUUCGCAAAAACCUUUAAUAUGGUUGAUCAUGGGAUGAUAUGUCACAAACUACGGAGACUCAGCAAAACUGGGAAGAUCGGAGAGUGGUUGCAUGACUUCUUAAAAGACAGAAGCCAGGAUGUAGCAGGAUGUAGCAGCCAACGGAGCCCUCUCCAAGGAAACUGUAAUAGAAAGUGAA